GUUAUCAGUCUUACGGAAGGUACGGUCCGGCUUGGAAGGAUAUUUUCUUGUAAAGUGGUAGUGCUGUGAUUAAUUUUGGAAAACUUCUUUUAAUAAAAAAAAUGCUUAGUAUUUUUCUUAAAUUUGUUUAAAUUUGUAUAUAAUUGUUACCUAAUUCAUGUUUUUUUUCUAACUAAAAGACUAAAGCUGUGAUUGCAAUUCAUAUAUAUAUUUUUAAUACUUAAAUUACAUUAAUUACGCAGAAUAAUCGACAUUCAAAUAAAUAAUAAAAUAUCUGAGCUAAUUUAAUCUCGAACCUCUCUCUCUCGAACGACUCGAUCGAACUACUAACAGUUUUCGAAAACGUUUUAUUAAGUGUUCAAAAGAGUGCGAGUGUCAAUAUGAAGUGGCGGAACCGUCAGACCCUGGUGUCUGGAGAUACUUCGGAGGAAGAGAUAGGUCACAGUUACCUGAGUACGCUGAUGUAUGGUCGCUAUCAACGCGACCUUAGUGAAGCAGCCAGAGAAGAAGCAAGAAGACUGAGAAGAUUACGAAAGAAGAGAAGAAAAGACGAUAAACUUCGACAGAAGGAAUUAGAAGCUAGUGGAAAACAUCGACCGAGGGGGAAGUUCUUUAAAGUACUUGGUUACAUCUGGGGGCACACCUUCGCCAGACUCGGGGAAGACUGGGUGUUCCUGACAUUCCUCAGCAUCAUCAUGGCAUGUUUGAACUUCGCGAUCGACCAGGGUAUAGCGGUGUGCAAUAACGCUCGUAUGUGGAUGUACAAUGACGUGGCGACAACUACCUUCAGUAAAUACGUGGCGUGGGUGUCGCUGCCCGUGUGUCUGGUACUCUUUGCUGCCGGUUUCGUCCAUGUUGUGGCGGCACAAAGUAUCGGGUCCGGUAUUCCAGAAAUGAAGACGAUUCUUCGCGGUGUACACCUGAAGGAGUAUUUAACAUUUCGAGCGCUGGUCUCAAAAGUGGUUGGGCUGACUGCCACUUUGGGAUCUGGCCUUCCACUUGGAAAAGAGGGCCCCUCCGUCCAUAUAGCAUCAAUGGUAGCAACUCUCCUUUCCCGCCUAGUGACGUCAUUCCAAGGCAUCUACGAGAACGAAUCCCGCACCUCCGAGAUGCUGGCCGCAGCUUGUGCGGUUGGUGUCGCCUCGUGCUUCGCUGCUCCGGUUGGAGGUGUACUAUUCUCUAUUGAAGUAACAACGACGUAUUUCGCUGUACGGAACUAUUGGCGAGGUUUCUUUGCGGCCUGCGUUUGUGCUAUAAUGUUCAGAUUACUGUCAGUCUGGUCUGGCGCGACGCCUACAGUCAAGCCUCUAUUUCCGACCUCGCUCCCUCAGGACUUCCCCUUCGACCCUCAGGAGUUUGCUGUUUUCGUUCUCUUGGGAAUUGUAUGCGGUCUCAUGGCUGCGCUGUGGGUGUGGCUUCACAGACAGUAUGUUCUCUUCAUGAGGAACACCAAAUGCCUUAGCGCAUUCCUACAAAAGAAUCGUUUCAUCUACCCAGGCAUCAUGACAUUGGUUAUUAUGUCAAUAUUUUUCCCGCCGGGAAUCGGGAAAUACAUGGCUGGAGGAUUGGGCAACCAACCGCAGGUGCUGUCAUUAUUCUCCAACUUCACGUGGUCUGACGAGCUGACUGCAGAGCAGGCGGUGAUAGUGGCGAACUGGCAGACCCCCGAGGUGGAUCACUUCGGAUGCCUGAUUAUAUACUUCUUCUCUAUUUAUUUUUUGAGUAUGAUUGCGUGCACGCUGCCAGUGCCCGCAGGCAUCUUCGUGCCCGCGUUCAAAAUGGGCGCUUCCCUCGGCCGGUUCACGGGCGAAGUAAUGCAUUACUUCUGUCCGCUGGGUGUUGCGUACGGCGGUCAUAUACAGAAAAUAUUACCAGGAGGGUAUGCGACAGUAGGUGCUGCCGCUUUCACGGGCGCCGUCACUCACACGGUCUCAACUAUUGUUAUCGUCAUCGAGAUGACAGGACAGGUCACUCACUUGCUACCAAUAAUGGCGGCGGUGCUAGCAGCCAAUGCGGUCGCGGCAUUGUUGCAGCCAUCUUGUUUCGACAGCAUUAUCCUGAUCAAGAAACUGCCCUAUCUUCCCGACCUCUUAUCUUCAGCCAGCCGUAUGUACGAUAUUUGUGUGGAGGACUUUAUGGUGCGUGAAGUGAAGUACAUCUGGAACAGAAUGACGUACCAGCAGCUCAAAGACAUUUUGAAGGAGAAUAAGGCUAUCAAAAGCUUCCCGCUUGUAGACAGACCAGCAUCCAUGGUUCUCCUGGGCUCAAUCCAUAGAUGGGAACUGGUUAAGGUGAUCGAGCAGCAGGUGGGGAGGUCGCGAAGACUGCAGGUGGCAGCGCAGUGGCAGAAGGAGGCGGAGAGACGCAGAGAUGAGGAGAGAAAGAGAGUUCGGAGGCCGUCUAGGUUUGAGGUCACUCGAGCCCCUGACAUGCUACAAGUACCUGGUUCCGGUAUGGCAAGAGGAACUUCGCUCACAUCCACCGAUCAGUCGGGACUUAUACCUGCGCCUGGUCAACUAUUUCGGCCCAAGUCAAUAUUGAAGAAAACCAACUCGUUCACUCUGACGCGGGGUCUGUCGUCUCCAGGCACUCCGCAGAUGACACAGCCCCACCCCUUGGUAUAUACCACCGUCACUGGAGCAGAGAGCAGGAUCCGGGCAGCUUUCGAAGCAAUAUUCAAGAGGUCUACACUACUUCCAGAUGUUGAAGGUGGCUUAUCAGACGGCAUGGGAACUCUACCUCGGAGUCCCUCCAUCAAUAAGAAAGUUCAACUGCCUCGUGAACGUGUCUGCGAUAUGUCCCCUGAAGAUCAGAAGGCAUGGGAACAACUAGAGAUGGCAAAGGAGAUUGAUUUUGACAAGAUGCUGCAGAUUGCAAGGCGGCGGGAUAUGCAUCCAGACGAUUUCGAUGAUGAUGACGACACUUUAUACAUCUGUCACAUUGAUCCGGCGCCGUUCCAACUUGUUGAGAGAACGUCAUUACUUAAGGUUCAUUCGCUAUUCUCAACGCUUGGUGUGAGCAGGGCUUACGUGACGGCGAUCGGACGGCUAAUUGGUGUAGUUGCGCUCAAAGAGCUCCGUAAAGCGAUAGAAGAUGUGAACUCUGGUGUUCUGACAGCUGCAACCAGGCCUUCGCCCCCGGUGACACCUCCCAUCAUGAUUCGUGUCAAUUGUUCCGAACCAGCGCCACCUAGCGACAGUGAUACCGCAAAACUAACGACGCCGGCCAAGUAGAGAUGGUCCUUCGAGCUGGACUUAGGAAACAAUGGUUGUGUGGACUUGAGUGAUAAAACUCAAAAUUAGUCGCAAAUGUGAAAAUUUCCUUCAGUAUUUUUGAUAGUCAUUGUUUUAUAAAUGGUGCUUCCAUUAUAUUAGGAAAAUAUUAUUUAUAAGUGCAGUUAUUGUGACGAUUUGUAUAAGUUUAUUUUAGUAUUAAUUUGUAUUGAAUACUAUUACGUUCGUCUCGAGAAUAUUCGCAAUAAUUGUUAAGAAUUUGUUUAACUUAUCUGAGUUUUGCUAUACAGAUUUAUUGUAUAAGAGUUUUGUCUGAUUAAAUGCUUAUUAUUAAAAAAUCUUGACAGAAGCAUAUUAAGAGUAUCCAAUAUAACUAAAAUAACUUGGAAUGGAUAUGAUAUUUAUACCUUAUAUACAUAUAUGUCGUUGAUGAAGAAAUUUGUGAUUAUGUUAUUUAUUUUCAAUUUAGACUGUAAGUCUCAGGAGAGGUGAUAUGAUCAGUGUCGUAUCGCAGUAUGCUACGCCUGAGGUGUUGUGUGGCGUAAAGACUUUAAUCAUAUUGUUAGUUUUAUGGACAAUGAUACCAUAUGCAUUUUAGCGGUACUAUGCAAAGUAAAUAUUUACUAACAAAUGACGUGUGAAUAAAAUUUACACUAUUCAAGUUAACUUGACGCACUUUUUCCAUUAUUAAGUUAUUACAUUAAUCGCCUCAAUCGACUACAGAAUUACUAACUAACAGGGAUUGAGGGUAAGAAUCUUUAAUUAAUAAACUCCGAAGGGACAAAGAAACACAAGUUACUCGUGAAAUUGAUGACUGAUUACAAAUACAAGAAUUUCUUGUAUGGAUGUCAGGCUUUAUGCUAAAGUGCCUUUAUGAAACAUUCUCGAAACGAACGGUUAGUUAGCAUAAAAUAUGACUUCGUAUUGUUAUUUAAGAAAGGAAAGAUAUACUGUGAGUAUCAAAGUUUAAUUAUGUUAAAUCGAUUUGCAUACAAGAUGUACGCAAAUCGAUUUAAUUUUAACUUUACUAACAAUUAUAUUCCAUAUUGUUGCAUCUAUGGCCUGGUAAAAUUGUUUAUGACUCUAAUAUAAUGGCCUUGUUAUAUAUUUUAUACUAGCCAAGGGCGCCCCAAGGUUAGGGGGGGCGUCUGUCACUCCCCCAAAUAAUCCAGGAAUUGUCAUUAACUAUGAAGUUAUAUUACAUAGGUAGCCUAUUAAUAACUAAAAACAAAAUUGAUUCUAUUGGUAGGUGAAUUUAAUAAGAUUGUAUUAUGAAUGGUUGAAUCUAGAUUCGCAUUUAUCUUUGGUAUAUUCUUGGUUGGUCUACGCCUGCGAUAUUUGUUUCGUUUUAAAGGGCGCUGUUGCUAGUGAGAAUAUAUUUUAUGUCGUAAAACGCAUUCGGGGUGUUACCUAGAAAUUUGUGUUUUCAACAAUUACAAUCAAUUUACAUUUUAUAUCUCAAACGUAUCCGCAGUGCUAUCUAGAAUUUUGCGUUUUCAAGAAUUUUAUCAACUUACAUUUUAUGACUCAAACGCAUCCUCGGUGUUAAGUAUUUAGUAUAGUAUAGUUUGUGUUUUCAAGAAUUCCAAAUAGCCAAAGUCUUGCUCGCCUCUGUCAAGUCUUAAAGAGGGUAGCUCUAAAUAUCUAUAUUAUGGCCUGCAACCAUAUUAUUGUCGCUAACAAAUUUACCAGGUUGAUCAUACAAUUUUAAAUUGCUUUAAAGUAUUAUUUUAUUUGUUUUUAAAACCCAUGUAUACUCGACUCAAACCCCUGUAUUAUGGGUUCAGAAAUGUGGUGACAAUAUCUAUCAUUUUUAAGCAUUUUUAGGGCGUUCAAAAUAUGACUUUAUAUUGUUAUAUUUUUGCUGUUUUUGAGUAUUAUAAUUUAUUUAAAUUAAGAAGCUACAGUUUUUAGUCAUAUUUUGUAGCAUUUUUAUUAAGAUGUAUUUUUGCGUUCAUAUAAGUACACUGCUAUGUUUCUUCAUAGUUGGUCUGUUUGAUAAGUUAAAUAUUUACCCCCUUAUUCAUUUAUAAUGGUCCGCUAACUUUAAACAGGACAACCUCUUAGGAGUGUUUUUUCUCAUUCUGACUUAGGUCAAUAGAAGAAGACAGAGUGAGAAUUAGCAAUGCUUUAAGUUUGUAGACUAUUAUGAAUAAGGGGGUUAGAGAACUAACCCCUUAGAAAAGCUAAGAUCAUUUAUACGUGUAGAUAGACUGUGAGAGCUGUGAAAACGUCGAAUAAUAUUGGACAUAGUUCCUGUAAAACGUUCCAAGCCACAAACAUAACAUUUUAAGGAAUUCGUGUUUAAAGUUUUAUAAAUAUUAGUGUAUUCCAUACAUACAUGUGGGUUGGGGUUAUUUAAAGAGUGACAGUGGGGCUGCUAUUUUUUGUCAGUCCGCUAAUAUGAAUCAAGUGUCCAGUUUUGUUUUCUUAACUCAAUUUCGACAUGAUUGUGGUUUGGAACGUUUUUCUGGAAUUAAGUCCAAUUGAGGUUGACAGUAACUCUAUCUUGAGCAAUUCACGCACACUAACACAAAGUGUCCUACAUUUCUCGAGUGUAUGACGUAGCUUGUCACGCACUUAAACUCAUAAGCCUAUUUUCAUUGGUGGUCUAGCAGUUAGAGGCUCUAUCUAGACGUAUUAUUUAUCAUAGGUUCUAAGAUAUAUACAAGGAAUCUUCCCUAUAACGCGGAUCAACGGAACGACGCGUAUAACGAGUGUAACUUUCCUGUAUACCGCUUUAUUACGACCUGGUAAGUCGUAAUACUAAUAAUAAUAAUUAAUCACAAUUUGUGACAAGUAUUUCCAAUUGUUUGCCUAAUUUUACUAUUUAUUAAGGUUUGAAUACACAAAUUAAUGAAAUAAUUAAAUUUUGUAAUAACACAAUUGACACACGUGCGAAGGUAUGAGAAGCUAAUAAUGAACUGUAGAAGUCAUUAUAACUUUCACAGUACAGAAAUAUGUAUGUGGGAAAUCCCUGCGGUAUAUAGACUAGUGCCCGUGUUAUACGUAGCCUUGAGAGCGUUAUAAGUUAUAACGCUACCGCGUUAUAGGGGGCAUUGAUGUAAAUCUAUAUCACAAUUUUGAAUCAGUUAAGAGCGAUGUAAUUGGGAUGCAUCGAGUGAUUAUCAACACAUCGAAUAUAUGUUGAUAUGAUUAUAUAUUAAGUAAUCAUAGGCGACAUGAAAAAAAAUUCAGAAUAUGAUAUAAGUAUAUAAGUUGAAAUUUAUCAAGGCUUGUGACUGUUUUAAUCAUUCCAAACAAUUUUGAUUAGUUUAUAAGAUAGAUAGUCAAUUUUAUAUAGCUGAAAUUAUAAAAAUCGUGCAUUGACUUGAAGAUGAAAGUAUGAUUUUGGUGGGAUUAUUUCAUUAUUCCACUUAUCUUCAAGUAUACUUCUACCCUUGAACAUUAAAGUAAGUGCUUGCUAUAAGGGAGCUUUUGUUAAAAUCUUGUUUUCAAUUUUGGAUUUUUUGGAUAGUCUGCAACUAGCCUUAAAUGGUGUUGUAACAAAAAAAAAACAUUACUUAAACACGUGUUUUGCUAAACAGUGUCUUAUCUUAUGGAGUUUAUCUUUUUCCAUUACUAACAACAAACAGUGUUUAGCUUGUGUUUAACUAAAACGUCGUUAAACAAAACAUAAUCGGAAGUGUACACCAACAAUUAAAGAAACGGAACGUUCACAAUAUACUAUUUACAGAUAGAGAUAAAUUACUACCUUCUCUUGUAAGUAAGUAAUUAACUGUCAAUAAUCUGAAGCUGUCCCAAUAUACCCAAUAAGUUACUCUUAUCGCCUUAUAUUGGGACGCGUGAAUAUCAAUUUCCAUACAAACUUCUAUCGCUGGUAAGCUGCACGUCGUUCCAUUGACAGACAGCGUGUGCAGAUAAGGUGAGUUACCGUCGCUAAGUUUAUUUGGGGCAGAAAAGUCAACGAUAGUUACGAUAGAUAGAUAGACUAAAUAUUGGGAACGGCCGUUAAUCUUCCUUAAGAAUAUGAUCUAUCAAUAUAAGCGAUGUCCAAAGAUUAUUGAACACUAAACAGCAGAAAGACACAUUGUAAUAGAUCUUUUUUAAACAAGUGUUCAACACAUGUUUAACUUUUUUGUAAUAAAAUAAAAAUAGUUUUCUAAAUUGAAUACGUAAUAAAUCUUUAAUGACAUAGAAGCAGAUACAUAUCGUUAUUUAGUUAAAAAUAUAUUAUUAUUUAUGUUUGAUUGUUGUUAAUAAUAAAUAAAAAACUGUUGUUGAUUGAACCGUGGAGGGAAAAAUUUUGAGGUUAUAAAAUGUUCGCGAAACACUUAGCUAAAUUAAUUCGAUAGCAGCGCCAUUAUUAUUUAUAAUAAGCGCUACUCAUGAAAGAGGGUGUAAAUACUACGUAAUAAGAGGCGAGACUGCCUGAGUAAAAAUUGAAAUUGAGUUUAGUAUGAAACGUGCAGUCAUUUGACAUAAGUUUCAAAUAGUAUUUAAUACAGUAUGGUGAUUGGCGACGAAGUAUAAUCCGGCUAAGUUUGAAAGCGAAAAGUUGCUUAAAACGUAGUGGAUUUCGGCUGUCUCCGUUUUUUAUAAGAUUGUAGCCGUCAUCAGUCAUUAUAUCAAUGACUGCACGUUUCAUAUAAUCGAGUGAAUCGCUUUUUUCUUAGAGAGAGACUGCUACCAAUGUUUAUUUACCAAAUGUGUGUUGGUAAAAUUUCAAAAUGACCAAUGAUCACAGAAGUGUGUGGGCUUUUACCAUAAGAGUUGGUAUACCUUUGGUUUUACCAUAGCUCGAGCUUUUACAGUACCAUUUAUUGUAAAAUCGAUGCCAUUUUAUCUAGUUAUUGCUGGAUUGUCCUAAAUUUAUUUUUAGUUUUAUUUAUAUGUACUUCGUGAUGCGAAGUUUUAAACCACCUUUAAAAGGUUAAUAUGCUUUUUAUAUAGAUAAUUGAAAUAUAAAAGCGAAGUGUGAUGUGUGGUCUUAGAUUAUGGAUUGGUCUCCGUUAGGCUCCAACUAGAUACCGCAGGCGUAGUCGUAAAGUGCGGCAAUUUUUACUACGCCCAAAUGGGCGUACUCGAGCCAGUGUCAAAGUAAAAUAACACAAAUCGUAUUUUACAAAAUUUGAUAGAUGCCAUUGAGUGUCAAGAUACCACGCACACAAGCAUCUAAUAGUGGCCGCAAUAAAAAAGCUAUUGUUCUUAGGUAUUACGGUAUCUAGCAAUCCUUAAUCUUAGUCUGUGGUGUUAUAAUAAUAAUAAUUAUUAUUUUUAUUUCAAGCACAGAGAUCCAUACAAAAUAGAAGAUAUGUUAUUAAAAUAACUUAGAUUGAUGUUAGUGUACACUUACUGUGUUAUUUAUAAACGCGAAGUAAAGUUACUCCAGAUUUUAAAUGUUUUUCUUUAUCUUACCUUUUUCACUACAGAAUUACAUGAGAGGGAGAAGUUAAUUUAAAUUUCGCGUAACUUUACAUUUAUUAAUAAGACAGUUAAAUAUAACUAUUAUUAAUACGCCGACCCCAAUAGCCCAGUGGUUAGUGACCCUGCCUACCGAACGAGACGUCCCGGGUUCGAUUCCCGGUAGGUACAAACAUUUAUAUGAUGAAUAUGAAUAUUUGUUUCCGAGUCAUAGAUUUAUUUGUAUUUAUGUAUGUUUAAGUAAGUAUAUUGUAUUAAAUAUAUCGUUGUCUUGUACUCGUAGUACAGGCUAUGCCUAGUUUGGAGCAAGAUACUUUGUGUAAGAGUGUGAAUAUUAUUAUUAUUAUUCGAAAGGUUAUUAUGGCAGGGCAUGGUGUUAUUGUGUAUAUAUUUAUGAUGUUGCAAUACAGUGAUGAACAAUUUGUUAUUUUUUACAGUCAUAACCCUCACUUCUGGGAUUAAUUACACAAAUCAAAUUUGAAAACCAAAUUUAUAAACCUCCUAAACUUAUCAACUGUAAAGUAGAUCCUGUAGAUAAAUCCACAAUCGAGAAUUGAACAAGAUAUACAAGAUUUAUCAACGAUACGUCACUCGAACGGUUAUCUCAGUGGAAAGAGCGCUGACUUCGCUGGUUCGAGUUCUGCAUCGUUCCAAAAAUUUUUUUUUCAAAUUAAAUUUGUGUAUACAAUGAUGAUACUAAUAUUUUAAUAUCAAUGACAUUUAUAUUUUUUAAUUUUGUGUUUAAAAUCCCAAAUAUGUUAUACAAUAUGGUUCGUUUGUGUCAUACAAACGAACCAUUUUGUUAUGAAUUAUGUUACCACAAAAUAUAUCUGUUGAAAUUAAUUUUAAUUUAAAAUUAUGAUGUUGAAUUCGCACUUCGCUUAUAUUUCUUUUGUCGAUGUCUUGUAUUAAGAUUUGUUGAAUUUUCUGUAUUCCAUCUUUGAUGCAUUUCGACGGUGAUCUGUUGCUUUAAGAUAAAUGAUGUUAUGUGCGUUA